AGCUCUGCUUAAGAGUUAAAAAACAACAACGAAAAAGCCGAAGCUAGGCAGAGCGACGUUGCGCACGCGGCGUGAUGCCGGCCCAGUCCUCUUUAGAAACCCCGCCCUUGAUUCUGCGCCUGCGCUAUUCGAGCUGGGUCUUUGGGGCCGCUCGCCUAGUGGGCCUGGCGGCGGGUGAGGGGUUGCCACAAAGAAGAGGGAGUCGGGCUGUUCUCCAAAGCACCUGAGAGGAGAACAAGAAGCAAUGGGUGGAAACUGAUCGAGGAAAGAAGCAACUUAGAACUAAGGAGGAAUUUCCUGACAGAACAAUUAAAUGGCUGAAAUAAUGGAAGAGAACGAGGAUUGCGUGCGCUCGGUGGAUCCAAAAUGUACCAUUCCGGAAUCAGCGGUCCAAACCGAAGAAACAAAUGCAGAGAACUCUUCGGAUACUUCCAACAUGUACAGGUACAUUAAAGAGGACUUGUUCACUUCGGAAAUCUACAAGGUGGAACUUCAGAAUCUCCCCAGGUACAUCGGCUUUAACGAAGUCAAGAAAUUCCUUGCCAGAUACGGACUUAACCCGCAUAAGAUAAAACUGAUGGGGAAGCAGACUUUCGCUUUCGUCACCUUCAAGAGCGAGGAAGAAAGGGACAAAGCGAUGAAAGUUCUCCACGGCGUCCGGUGGAAGAACCGGAACCUGAGCGUCCGCUUGGCCAAACCGAAAGCGGAUCCCAUUUUGAAGAAGAGGAAGAGAGAAGAAGGCGCCGAAGAGUUGUCGGCCAAGCGUCCGGCUUCAUCCAAAGACGGCGAGGAGGAGCCUCUGAGCAAGCAGAUAGCGGAUGUGGUGACUCCUUUGUGGAACGUGCCCUACGAAGACCAGCUGGUGAAGAAGAAGAAGCAGUGUGAAGAAGUCUUGGCGAAACUGACCAGGGACAUGGGAAAUAACAACCGAGCGCUGCUCCCAUGGUUGUUCCUGCAAAAGGAGAAGCACGAUGGGCUUUGUUGCCCCUUGGAGGGAGUGAAGCCAUCUCCAUUACAGACCGAGUACCGCAACAAAUGUGAAUUUUUGAUUGGCUUAGGCCCAAAUCAAGAUGAUAAAACGGUCGGCUUCCGGCUGGGCAAAUACAAGGGGGGUUCCUGCGCUGUUGUGGAACCCUUUGAGACCAUCCACGUUCCCAUGGAGGCAAAAAAAGUGGCCAGGGCUUUCCAGGACUACAUACGGUCAACCUCUUACGGCGUUUAUAGUCCAGAAACUUAUGAAGGACACUGGAAACAGCUAACAGUUCGUACUAGCUCGAAUGGCCACGUCAUGGCAAUUGCCUAUUUUAACCCACAGAAAUUAAGCAAAGAAGAACGUGCUACAUUGCAAACCUCUAUGGCUACGUAUUUCACAGAAGGUCCUGGGAAAGGCAGCGGAAUAACGUCUUUAUAUUUUGUAGAAGAAGGCCAAAGGAAAUCGCCGAAUCGGGAAGAUUUGAUUUUGAACAACAUCGCCGGCGAUAAGUACAUACGGGAAGAUCUUUUGGGGUUAAAAUUCCAGAUUUCGCCCCAUGCUUUUUUCCAGGUGAACACGAAGGCAGCCGAAGUUCUGUAUUCAACCAUUCAGGAUUGGGCUGACAUCAACCAGGAAACCACGGUGCUGGAUGUUUGCUGUGGGACCGGAUCCAUUGGCAUAUCUCUUGCACAGAAAGUGAAGAAAGUUAUCGGAGUUGAACUCUGCCAGGAAGCGGUUGAAGAUGCCAAAGCAAACGCUCAGCUGAACGGGUUGACGAAUGUUGAAUUCCACUGUGGGAAAGCUGAAGAGCUUGUUCCUCACCUCGUGAACACGUUAGCACUACACAACACGGUUACAAUUGUGGAUCCCCCACGAGCAGGUUUACAUUCCAAAGUAAUCCUCGCCAUCCGAAAAGCCGAGCACUUGAAAAAGCUCCUCUACGUGUCCUGCAACCCUCGAGCUGCUAUGAAUAACUUUGUGGACCUUUGCCGAGCACCUUCUCACCGCGUGAAGGGCAGUCCCUUCCGGGUGAUCAAAGCGACGGCGAUAGACCUUUUCCCCCACACUGUGCACUGCGAGAUGCUUUUCUUCUUCGAAAGAAUCGAGUAUCCAAACAGCAAAGCAAGUAAUGUCCCUGCGGGCUCGGCAGAGAUUCCAGAUGUGGGAUUGGCAGAAGUUCUAGAUGUGGGAUCGGCGGAGAUUCCUGGUGUGAAAUCGGUGGAGAUCCCAGAUAUAAAGUCCCCAGAGACGACAACUCUCGAGGCCGACACCGCAGACUCCCUCCAGAGAACAGCGAUGGGAUGUCCCAGUUAGCAAUUCUUGUGGCUCACCCAACACAGAAAGGACCUGUGUUUUAUUUCCCGAUCUUAAAAACGGUCUGCUGCUUCCCGCUCCCCUUCCUUUCAUUACCCAGCCAGCUUCUGCUUAAAUUUUGAAAAAGUACCAAGUUGAAGUAUUGUCAACAGUUUAAGGGGGACUGUUUGGAAGCAAAGGCCUGAAGAUACAAUUUCAGACUGUACUUCUUUUUUUGGGGGGGGGGGGUUGG